GAGCAUUGAAAUGUGUGUGUCAACUUCUCGAGAAACAAAAUUGAAAACAAAAUACACACAUGGGCGGCCAACUUUCCAAAGGGGGUCUACUCUUCCUCUUUAGCGCACACACACACACACACACACACACACACACACACACACACACACACACACACACGCACGCACGCACGCACGCACGCACGCAAACCUGUGCUCGCUCCCUCGCGCGCAGAGGGAGGAGGGAGGAGGGAUGAGGGAGAGAUGUCUGCAUCAGGACAAACUCUGCUGCACUUUUCAUACAGACUCCCCCUGAACCAGCACAGCGGAGGAGGCGUGCAGCAGAUCACCAAACACGGUGCACUCUGUCCCGCUCCAAAGGGCUAUAGCACGGGAGAAGAGCGGUGAAAAUGAACUUCUGAGCGCCAUGGGCACGAGCUGAAGUCAGACUGCUCCCGGAGGUCGUUUCAGACGCAUGUACGAUAUGUGGGGGGACGCACGCCCGCGCUGCCUGCGACGCUCGGCACAGAUUUAACAGAGCUACCUGAAAACCUGCAGUGUUUAAAGACACAUUAGCUUCACCUCUCAGUGGCUCUGACAUUGACGGAGGGUUAAAGAAGACACGGGGGUGCAGGACGCAGCAGAGAAAGUUUGGAGUUUGGCGCACACAUCGCGUUACAACAAUGCGGCUGACCCCAGUCCUCUCCUGGGCUGCUCCGCUAAUCCUCCUGGCGGCUGUGCAAUUGUCCGACACCAUUUCCUUGUCCCCCCAAGAGGCGAACCAGUUUCUAAGCAGACACAGAAGAGCAAACCAAGUUUUUGAGGAGACGAAGCAAGGGCACUUGGAGAGAGAGUGCGUAGAGGAGAGGUGCUCCAAAGAGGAGGCGAGAGAGGUGUUUGAAAACGACCCAGAGACGGAUUACUUCUGGCCAAAAUAUAUAGCAUGCGUGGACAAGUUUGGGGAUUCUGAGAAAAAGAAACAGGAUCUGAUCACUUGUGUUCACAAUAUCCCAGACCAGUGCUCGCCGUCGCCAUGCAACCCCAGAGGUACGGUGCGCUGCGAGGACAAAAAGGGCGAUUUCCUGUGUCACUGCUUCACCGGCUGGACAGGGGCCAGAUGUGAGAAAGAUGUGGACGAGUGCGAGACGAGGAACGGCCGCUGUGACCACGAGUGCAACAACACGAUGGGCAGUUACCGCUGCUCCUGUCACCAUGGAUACACACUGUCAGGGCGGCACUUAUGUAACGAUGUGAAUGAGUGUGAAGACCCCUCGGUUUGUGGGACAGCUGAUUGCCUGAACACAGAGGGCAGUUUCAAGUGUCUGUGUGAGCCUGGGUUUGUUUACGACAACGAGACCAAGAGCUGCCUGGAUGUGGAUGAGUGCGAGUCCAGUGUUUGUGCCGAUGAAUGCCUGAAUGUUCCUGGGAGUUUCCGGUGUUUUUGUGACGGACGUCAGGGCAUGAAGCUGUCCCAGGACCUCAGGAGCUGUAAGCCCAUUACUCCAUGUAUUUCACCGUCUUUGAAAAGGAAUCCUCAGUCCCUGUAUCUGGGACGCACCUUCAGUGGAGUACCUGUGGUGAGGCUUCGGUUUCGCAGAACAUCUAAAACAGGAUUUUCAGCAGAGUUUGAUUUCCGUACCUAUGAUUCUGAGGGAGUGAUAUUUUUUGCUGGAGGUCACUUGAAUAGCUCAUGGAUUGUGCUCGCAAUGCAUGAUGGGAAACUGGAGUUGCAGCUGAAGUACGGUGCAGUGAGCAGGGUCACCAGCAGUGGAGCUGUGGUCAACGAUGGACAGUGGAGAAAGAUCUCGGUGGAGGAGCAGGGCCGCAGUCUGGUGAUAAAGAUCGACCGAGAGGCUGUGAUGAAGAUCGCGGUUAAUGGGGACCUGUUCACUCUGAAGAAGGGUCUGGGGCUGCACGAGCUGAACCUGACCGUGGGAGGGGUCCCUUUUAAAGAAGACGGUUUGGUCAAUAAAGUGAACCCUCGUUUGGAUGGUUGUAUGAAGGAUUGGCGCUGGUUGACCGGAGAAGACACCUCGAUCCAGCAGACGGUUUCAUCCAAUGAGAACAUGCAGUGUUUCAGCACAGAGGACCCUGGGGCCUUUUUCAAUGGGACAGGAUUCGCCUUUUUCAACAGAAGCUUUACAGAUUCACAAAACCUGAGUGUCCACUUGAGUCUGCGCGCCACUUCUGGGAUCGGGGUCUUGUUUGCUCUCAUUUACCAGGACCGGGUUCCUCUGUCCAUUUCUUUAGCCGACUACCAUCCAGGGACAGAUGAGUGGAGAGAUGUGAGUACAAUGACAAUGAAAACUGUAUAAUUCUAAAUAAUGUCAAUUUGAUUAAAAAUAGAUUUUGUCCUUUGAAUUAAAAAGUAACAAUCU